CCGCCUCCCCCCGAAAAAAUCUCCAAUUACCCACCCACCACAGCUCGCAACCCUAAUCAGAUUCCUCCCCUACUCGCCGCCUCCUCGUCGACUUCCCGACUCGCUAACCCUAGCCCCGGCCCCCGCGAGAUCUACCCCGCGCGAGCAGCCAUGGCGGAGACCCUCGACAUGACCCUCGACGACAUCAUCAAGAGCAACAAGAAGAGCAACUCCUCAUCCGGUGGGGGUGGCCGCCGCCGGGGCGGUUCUACCUCUGGAGGAGGCGGCGGCGGCGGCGGGGUCGGGCCGACAAGGCGCCCCUUCAAGAGGUCCGGGAACAGGCCGGCGCCAUACCAGCCGCCGAAGGCCCCUGACGCGGCGUGGCAGCACGACAUGUACCCCGCGGUAGCCGCGGGAGGAGGCGGUGGCAGUGGCGGGAGGGUCUCGGCUAUCGAGACGGGCACCAAGCUCUACAUCUCCAACCUGGACUUUGGCGUCUCAAACGAGGACAUCAAGGAGCUUUUCUCUGAGCUAGGUGAUCUGAAGCGAUCCUCAAUUAACUAUGACCGAAGUGGGAGGUCUAAGGGAACAGCUGAAGUUGUAUUUGCAAGGCGUGCUGAUGCUGUAGCAGCAUUUAAGAAAUAUAACAAUGUGCAACUUGAUGGGAAGCCUAUGAAAAUAGAGAUAGUUGGGACCAAUACUCCAACAGCAGCUGCUUCUCUUCCAGUCACUAAUGGAGGCCAGGCUAGGAAUGCUGCUAGAAGCGCACCAAGGGUUGCCCCUCCAGGUCUGCCGCAUCGUAGACCCCAUCAGAGGGGUGGGAGGCGUGGUGGUGGUGGAUCCGGUGGUCGUCGUGGCAAAGAGCGUGGCCAGCCAAAGUCUGCUGAAGAACUUGAUGCUGAGUUGGAGAAGUACCAUGCCGAAUCGAUGCAGACAAACUAGAUAACUUCGAAGUUGAUAUUUCGACAUCAAAUAUGAAGGGCAUUAGUCCCUUCGUUCCUGCUGUUUGUGCUACUUUGUUCAGGGGACAACAAAACCUUGUGUUUGUGGGGGUCUUGCUUUACUGAAUUUUAUGGGUUUUAUGCGUCAACAUAGAACUAGAGUUAAGUGGAUGAUGCUGAACACUGCUAUGGAAAUUACUUGGUUGCCUUUA